AUGGAAAAAGUAUCGGAUUCUGAUCCUGGGUAUUCAGGACUGGCGUUCACACGAGAGUGUUCGCUUUGCCCUCCAGGAACCUCGUCUAAGGGAGGCCCAAAAGCAGAACGCUGCACCGAACGUCCUGCUUGUCGUUCUUCGGAUUACUAUCCAAUCACUGAACCAUGUACGAAUGGGACAACUCGCACCACAUACAAGAAGGUUCAACCGGCAGUAUGUAGAGACGACAUUCCUGGAGCUGCUACGCUGCCCCCACCUAGUGCCACUCGGCCGUGUCCUCUAUGCAACCCUGGAAUGGCUAAGGAUGCUAGUGGUAUUUGCACCUUCUGUCCAGCAGAGCAUUUCUCUGAAGGCGACGAGAUCUCAACAGCGUGCAAUAUAGGUGAGGCAUGGUUGGCAUCUGGCACCGCUCUCGUAUCAGCUCAGUCGCUUCAGCGUGGAAUCGCCAUGGAAUUGGAGCUAAUCAUUAAAGAAGGUUUCUCAAACCCAUUGGCACCACGUGAUUUUACAGCGUCGCAGCAUUCACCGGUAGCGCAGUUCUCCGUCGUAUUCGAAACCAGCUGUGCCGACAGUUCUUGCGUUUUGUACAUGAUCGAGAGUCCAGUGGAACAAUCGAAGACGCAACCAUAUCGUUUUCUAGCCGCUUUCAAUGGGAGUCAGCCUAGACGUGUUUGGUCGCAUAGCAUACUGGAGCGGAGGAGUGCUAGAUUUAUGGUAGCGUUCCUCCGCUCUGGAUCCACCUCUGGAGACGAUGCGAUUUUGGAUCAAGCCCGAAUUCUCUCUAUCAAUGUCACGAAUAUCGGUGCGUAUCGUGGAGUUCAAGGUGGUGGAGCUAGCAGAUGCCUUCCUUGCCCGAAAGGCAGCUUUGGGAAGACGUGGACUACCACUGGAGUGAAGGUGUUCGCUCGAGAAGGAGCAUCCUACUAUCAUUCAUUCAAUUUCUCACUUUUCUCUGAGAAAGUCCAGUGCAAGGAGGCUUAUGAUCCAAACGAUGCCUUUUCAAUGAACGAUCAGAGUCGCGAAGUGGUUACCGGAGCAGCCUGCCGCCUAACGGUCCUGCCCGACAUCGGCAGAAAUCGGACAAAGCUUGCAUUUGUUUCACCAUUGCUACUGGCUACAAGACUUGAAGAAGUCAGCUUGCGGCGAGACCGGCUGGGUUGGCAAUUGACGGAUCAGCUGUUGGAGUACGAAAUUUCAACGAAAAAAAGAAUUUUAAAAACUUUUUGCGUCUUUUUUAUUAUGAACUCCUCUACUUACACGUCGUAUACCCUACUUGUGAAAUAUUCCUGCAUAACAGAAGGGGUAGAGGAAGCUUCGCGUCCGAUCGACGUGCACUUCUGGUUCGAUGCGGUGGGUGCGACAUCGGAAGCGUGUCCACGGGGCAACGCCUACGUUGCAACUGCCAGGUGCGCGCCAGGCAAGAAGGAGGUGGAGUUCCGUCUCCCACGUACUUGCCCCGAUGGAACGUGCGACGGAUGUCUUUUCCAUGCCAUAGUCGAAUCAGUGCAAGCAUGUCCUGUUUGUCGGGCUGGCGACUACGAAAUGAUCAGAGGUGAAUGUGUUAAUGGACAGCAGACGAUCCACUAUAUACCAGACAAGUUAGAAUACAAAUAUACUAGGCUGGUGGAAUCUCGUAGCGGCGAAUUACCCACUGCAGAAACCUGUGGUUUAGUGGACGAUGAAGACGAUGAAGCUACUGAUAGGGUGAUUUUUGCGAAAGGAAGACGCAAGGUCUUCAGUGGUCGAGAUACGGAUGCUUUUGUGCCUCUUGAAAAUGAGGACUAG